CGGUGGGUGUAAGGUGAAAAAGGAGGAAGAAACACUCAUCAAGCGCAAGAGCAAGAAAAAAGACAAAAAAGCAGAGGCAGAGAUGAAAGAUUAAUCGGCCAUUUUCCAUCAACAUUGCAGCAUCAGAAGGGAGCUGAAAUUUUUCUUCGGCCUAGUGAAAAUUGUGCAACUCGACAAUUUCGAGCAUUCAGUCGUUCGAACAUAGCAUAAAAUUGUGUCAGUUCGGAGAAGCAGCAAAAUUAAAAAAUAAACUAAUAUCGAGCCGCCAAAUACAAGAAGACUGUCUGGAAAAAAUGACUGCCGUAGAUGAGAGAACGAUUUAUGCAAAACUGGAAGCGAUGAAAGAUAUCCGCUCCAAAACGCUUCAGUUGGAAAAGGUCAAGCUGAAAAUAAUUCGAGAGGUAGAGAAUGGCGAUGCAGAGGAGAAGUGUCUCGCCGAAUAUCGCAGGGAGCUGGAACUUCUUAUGCAGGAAAAGAUGAGUCAUGUAGAAGAACUACGGCAAAUCCAUGCCGAUAUAAAUUCGAUGGAAACAGUAAUUAAGCAAGCUGAGGAGAACAGAAUUCGAUCGAUCAAUAUGGCAAACCGGUUCCACGAGGAAUAUGUUCCGCUAAAAACGGAUGUUGACACGAUGCGCCGUGAAUAUCUUGGAUUGGAACGUCUGCCUGAACUGCACGAAGAAGAGGGAUCAAUAAUCUCUCCAGAGUAUCGCUUCCAGAAUUAUUACACGACCAACAAAUCGCUCACGAACCCAGCAGCUACAUUCUCUAGGCCGCCACUUUCAGCCCAUCAUCCUCUGCCUCCGGAUGGUCCCGUCACGGCACUACCGCCUUCGGCUCCGCCGGGUUUUCUAGCACCGCCACCCGUUGCCAUGCGCAUUAAUAAACCACCGGAGAUGCCCACCAAUCGGCUCCAGCCGGCCCCAUCCACGAUCGGAAUCGGUCAUCCGACGUUCAGGUCUGAUUUCAAUGUCAAUCUGAGACAACAACCACCGCCGAUGAAGUCGUGUCUUUCGUGCCAUCAGCAGAUUCAUCGCAACGCUCCGAUUUGUCCGCUGUGCAAAGCCAAGAGCCGAUCCCGUAAUCCCAAGAAACCGAAAAAGAAGGAACACUAAGAUGGUUGAAAAUUUUCUUCCCAGUGCAGUGCAGUCUCGAAGCGUAACAAAAGCGAACAAAUUCAUUUUCUAUUAUUUUUUAUGUGUAAAACCUGCCGAUGCAGGUUUGCGUUUAAUUGAUUCUAUGACUGAUUAUUAUCUAUAUUUGAGUACUUAACGUUUAGACGAACAGCGAUAUGAGGUUUUGUUUUAUAUGAAACGCAAAAUGACCAUAUUUUUAACAACUAUGCAUAAUUGCGUGUUUAUAUAUUUAGCUUUUUAAAAUAUACUGGACAACUUAGAGUAGUAAUAAGAUUCAGUUUUUGAAAUACACCUGAGCAUAAAA